AUAGUCAUUGCUUUUCAUUCAACUAACACUGCAAAUCAAUCUUAUGUGUUCCUCAUUCUUAACCAUCUUUUAAUUCUCUUAUAGAAAUUACAAACACCUUUUGUUUUGGUUCUUUAGAUUUAUCCUGUCAAGCUGUGCACUUGCAAUUGCUUGGAACCCUUUAUUUGAAUUUAAUAAUUAUUGUGUGAUCCACAAAUAUGGAUGCAAAAUUACAGACAUUCUUGCAGAAGUUUCAACAUCUUAAAAUCAACCUGGAAGAUAUAACAUCAGCCACCAACAAUUUCAAUGAGAAGAACCGUAUUGGACGCGGUGGUUUUGGGAAUGUUUAUGAAGGAGAACUGUCUCACUCUGGGGGCCGAAGCAUGGUCGCUAUUAAGCGUCUAAAUCUGGAUCCUAGGAAUCUACAAGGAACACCUGAGUUCUUGAAAGAGAUCAUGAUGCUUUCCCGGUACAAGCAUGAAAAUCUUAUCUCUCUUCUUGGAUUUUGUUACGAAAGGCAUGAGAUGAUCCUGGUGUACGAGCAUGCAUCUCGUGGAAGCCUCGAAAACUAUUUAAACUCCCCUCGUCUGACAUGGACACACCGUCUGAAGAUAUGCCUUGAUGCCGCGAAGGGACUAAGCUACCUACAUGAUCCAAGAGGGACACAUCAGAGACUUAUCCACUGUGAUGUUAAAAGCCCCAACAUCCUUCUCGAUGACCAAUGGAAUGCUAAAGUUUCUGACUUUGGGCUAUCAAUAGUGGGGUCAGCUAACGAGCAGAACUCAGUUAUUAUCACCCUGGCAGCAGGUACCGUGGGGUACAUUGAUCCACAGUAUCGGAUGACACACACCCUAACGAAAGAGUCAGAUGUAUACUCUUUCGGUGUGGUCUUAUUUGAAGUUUUAUGUGGGAGACUAUGCUAUACACUUGAUAGCAAUCAUCAUAUUGAGAAGAUUUUAGUACCCACAUGGAUUGCAAGCUACCAGCAGAAGAAGUUAAAUGAAAUCAUCUAUAAUGAUCUGACCAUUCCAUUGGAUAAGAGUGCUUUAGAGAUAUUUUCAGACAUUGCGUAUCGAUGUUUGAAUGAAUCUCGUGAAGAUCGGCCAACGAUGGCUGAGGUUGUGACAGAACUUGAGAAUGCACUCGAAAUUCAUGAGUUACCCAAAAGUCAAAAGUCUUGUGAAUGGAAGGAGACAAUUUCAUACUAUGAAGAGAUAAUUAAGACUGCAGAACCUCCUCUCAACUACAGAACAACAGUUAAAUUGUGGGUUCUUCUGUCCAAGGGGGUCCUCCUUAACGAGGGUAAAACGUGGUUUUCAUUAAAUGACAAGGGAGAACAUUGUGAAAUGAUAUCUUGUGGAGCAUGUAUUAUUCCAAGUGUACAUGAGAGUUAUCCAUGGUCAUCUGGAUAUAAUUCAAGAUUUCCUGUGGGCACCUAUCAUUCAGUGAGAGGGAGAUUCAAAACUACUGUAAGGAGCCAAUUCCUGUCACCGCAUAUCACAUACACCGUGAACAUUGUGUUCAAAACUAUGCUCCCAGAGAAGGCGAGCAACUGUCAUCUUAUGUCCCUCAAAUAUAGAUUACAAGGGGAGACAAAAAAAUCAACUUCAUACCUUGUGUGUGAGAGAGAAGAUGGAUGGUGGAUGGCUGAAUUGUAUCAAUUUACUAGUGACCGGAGAAGUGUUGAUCUUGAGAUUCUGUUUGAUGGCUUUGAUCGCCCGUUUCCUGUCAUAGAAGUGGAAGGAAUCGAGUUUCGGCCCUUGGAGAAAGUGGAUGAGAAGCAACCCAUAUCAGAUCCAUAUGUAUAUUGGGAAGAAAAAUUGCCAAAUGAUUAUGAAGACAUAAUUAAGCUGUCAAAAAAUAGCGUGCAAUCAACAACAAAGAAGGAAGUGUACUCAAUUUUUUGCAGAGGGUUCUUAAUCAAUGAUGAUCAAGAGUGGUUCUCUCUUGACAAAAAUGGGAAGAAAUGUUAUAUGCUAUCGGCAACAGCGGCUGGCAUAGAGGGUGAGAUCCGCAGGUGGCGGUCUUUACCAAAAUCAAGAUUUGGAGAAGUGGUUGAGCUGAAGGAACGAGAAUUUAAAAUCGUCAGAGAAAUCAAUUAUCAACUAUUAUCAUUUCAAACAUAUGCAACUUAUCUUGUCUACAAAUUACCUAGAGACCAAUCCGGGUACGAGGCUCCUGUGGAAGUAAUUGAGGUAGUUGAUGAAGAAGGAUCGGGUUCAGAUCAUAUUGAGUAUUUUUAUUUACGGAGUCAUCAAACGCCGGUUAUUAAACCAAAGGCUUACCAAUGCACCCACAACCCUUUACAUAGGCCCAAGAUAAAAGGGAUUCCAGAACAAAGGGACGAUGGUUGGAUGGAAGUACAAAUUUGGCAACUCCAAACCACUGCUACAAGCAACAUGAUUCAUGUGAGUCUUAAGUUGACCACUUGUGGCGCAGAGACUCUUGAAGGACUUAUUAUUGAAGGCGUUGAGCUUAGACCUGUGUAGACUCCCCUUUUUACUAUUUUUUUAGGAAACACAUUUUGAACGAGGGACCAAUAGCUCAAAUGAUUGGCACGUGAAGCUAUGAGAAUGGGAAUGAACGAUUUCAUAAUUCCCAAAAGUAAAGCUUAUUAAUAGUUUAUUUAAUACAUUUUGUUGGUCGAUUAUUUUGAUAAAAGUUUAUAUUUUGAUUAUGCUUUUAUUUCA